UUCAUUUUCUGAUGUCUCAGCUCAAGAAAAUGCCACAGAACUACAGUGGGUUUAUUCUUACUGAUGAGUAUCCUACUUUUGAUGCUUAUAUAGAAAAAAUAAGCAGUAUUGGGGAAUGGGGAGAGAAUUGCACAUUGCAGGCGGCUGCUGAUGCGUUUGGUGCUACGAUAUACGUAUUCUCAAUUGCUUACCCUGACGGUGUAAUUGCUAUUCCUCCCUCAUCAAGGUCCACUAGAGUGUGUUACAUAAGCCAUUGGGCUGAGGUACAUUACAAUUCAGUAUAUCACAAGGUUGAUUGAAGACAAAUGGAGGAAGUGCAAACCAUGGGGGAUUAUUUUCGUGUAAUAUAGCGGACUGGAGAUGCUGCUAUACAAAGGGAUGAAGGGGCAGAAAAGCAGCAGGGUGAGGUGCGAAGAGCCACUAACGCAAAAAUCAGUGCAGAGUUUCUUUGUUUGCUUUACAUUUUGUUUAGAUGUUUUGCCAAGCCCCAAACUCUUUAAGGUAUUUGUUUGUCUUUAGUGUGAUAGUUCUAACUGGGGUGGGCGCUACUCUAC